CGUUUAUUACAUCUCGGAAUGCGGCGGCGGGCAGCGCGUUCUAGUGCGGCGGUGGACUCCCCGCCCGACGCGGGACGUGCGCCCCGGCCGCUAGCUCUCGCCGCGCAGCCCGUUCCCCCUCCGCCCUCGCGCCCCUUCUCACCAUGGAGUCCUUGGCUUUACCUCGGCGCCCCGGCCCGGCUCCCUCGGCCGCCGCCGCCCUGGCCGCGGGGCUCGCCCGGCCCCUGUCCGAUGGGCUCAUCAAGUCGCCCAAGCCCCUGAUGAAGAAGCAGGCGGUGAAGCGGCACCAUCACAAGCACAACCUGCGGCACCGCUACGAGUUCCUGGAGACCCUGGGCAAGGGCACCUACGGGAAGGUGAAGAAGGCGCGGGAGAGCUCGGGACGCUUGGUGGCCAUCAAGUCAAUCCGGAAAGACAAAAUUAAAGAUGAGCAAGAUCUGAUGCACAUUCGGCGAGAGAUUGAGAUCAUGUCAUCACUCAGCCACCCACACAUCAUUGCCAUCCAUGAAGUGUUCGAGAACAGCAGCAAGAUUGUGAUCGUCAUGGAGUACGCCAGCCGGGGUGACCUGUAUGACUACGUCAGCGAGCAGCAGCCGCUCAGUGAGCAUGAUGCCCGGCAUUUCUUCCGGCAGAUCGUCUCCGCCGUGCACUACUGCCACCAGAACAGGGUUGUGCAUCGGGAUCUCAAGCUGGAGAACAUCCUCUUAGAUGCCAAUGGGAAUAUCAAGAUUGCUGACUUUGGCCUCUCCAACCUCUACCACCAAGGGAAGUUCCUGCAGACAUUCUGCGGGAGCCCCCUCUAUGCCUCACCCGAAAUCGUCAACGGGAAGCCCUACACGGGCCCAGAGGUGGACAGCUGGUCCCUGGGCGUUCUCCUGUACAUCCUGGUGCAUGGCACCAUGCCCUUUGACGGGCAGGACCAUAAGACGUUGGUGAAACAGAUCAGCGAUGGGGCCUACCGGGAGCCACCUAAGCCCUCUGACGCCUGUGGCCUGAUCCGGUGGCUGUUAAUGGUGAACCCCACCCGCCGAGCCACCCUGGAGGAUGUGGCCAGUCACUGGUGGGUCAACUGGGGCUACAUCACCCGUGUGGGGGAGCAGGAGGCCCUGCACGAGAGCGGGCACCCUGGCAGCGACUCUGGCUGGGCCUCCAUGGCUGACUGGCUCCGGCGGUCCUCCCGCCCCCUCCUGGAGAACGGGGCCAAGGUGCGCAGCUUCUUCAGGCAGCACACCCUGGGGGGUGGGGGCACCAGCCCCGGCCUGGAGCGCCAGCAUUCACUCAAGAAGUCACGCAAAGAGAAUGACAUGGCGCAGCCUCUCCAGGGGGACCCAGCUGAUGACACACCCCCUCGCCCUGGGAGGGGCGCCCUCAGGCUGCCAAAGAGCAUUCUCAAGAAGGCGUCGACCUCCUCAGAGCAGGCACAGGAGGGCCCCGAGGCUGCCCCCGUGCUGCCCAGGAAGGGCAUCCUCAAGCCACCUCGGCAGCGGGAGUCUGGCUAUUACUCUUCCCCUGAGCCCAGCGAGUCUGGGGAGCUCCUGGAUGCCGGAGAUGUGUUUGUGAGCGGGGAGUCCGUGGAGAAGCCCCCUCAAGCCUCGGGGCUGCUGUUGCACCGCAAAGGCAUCCUCAAGCACAACGGCAAGUUCUCCCGCGCGGCCCCGGAGCUCGCGGCCCUGUCCACCUUUGGCUCCUUGGACGAGCUGGCCUCACCUUGCCCUGCAGCCAGGGCCAGCCGCCCCUCGGGGGCUGUGAGUGAGGACAGCAUCCUGUCCAACGAGUCCUUUGACCAGCUGGACUUGCCCGAACGGCUUUCUGAGCCCCCGCUCCGGGGCUGCGUGUCUGUGGACAACCUCAUGGGGCUUGAGGAGCCCCCCGCGGAGGGCCCUGGGAGCAGGGGCCUGAGGGGCUGGUGGCAGGACCCCCUGGGGGAUAGCUGCUUUUCCCUGACAGACUGCCAGGAGGUGACAGAGGCCUACCGCCAGGCACUGGGAGCCUGCUCGAAGCUCAGCUGAGGGGGAAGCACUAGCCCCACUCCGGGCAGGCUCUACGAUGCAGCUGGCUGCACCCUGGGGGAGAGUGCCUUCUCCCCUGCCUCCCAGGACCAGCACCCCAGCCUGAAAGGCUGAGAUGGUGUGCAGUUGAGCCCUGGAGAGGGCUUGAUGUGGGAAGGCGCAAGUGGAGUGUCUCUAGGGUUCGGUGUCUUCAGCCCUGUUGAACCAAACAGAUAGUGGGCAGAGAGAGCAGAGAAGCAGAGGGGAAGGCCUGUGGCCGAGUCCAAACUGCCUGCUUCUUGGGCCCGUGGUAGGACCAGAGCUCUGGAAAGAACCCUGUAUGGGGAAGUGCCCAUGUCCUUCACUGCUAUGAGUACGUGGUGUGUGUGGUGCCUCUUGGCAAGGUGGGGAUGGACUCUGUCCACAUGUGCUUUCUGGUCUCCACUAACCACAAACAGUGAGAGGUGGCAUCCCCUAAUGUGCCCGGGGAAUCCUGGGAACAGUCUUCUAAAGUGGACCCUCCCAUUUAUCCUAGUGGUAAGAGAACACAACCUCUAUUUCCUCAAAGGUUCUCUCCCCUUUCCCAUCCUCCAAACCCGGCGCAAGCCUCCUGGAGCCGCUGCUAUGAAUCUAAAAGACUUGAAAAGGCUCAGGAUGCUAUUGGACUUCAUCUCAAGGGUCCAGAUGCCCCUGGACCCCACCUUAGACCUCAGACUCUGAACUUCUCCAGCCUCCAAGCUGCUCCUGCUACUGAGAACGGAUAUGUCUAUUUCUCUGGGCCUUCAGGACCCUCGAAUGUCAUUAUUUAUUUUUUAGUUUUCAGCUCUGUGUUUUUAAAAAAGUGAAUCUUGCUAUUUUCAAUAAUGUGAACACUGUAUUCUGGGGAAAUCCACUAUGACAUGUAGGUUUUGUGUACAGAAAGGUAUUUUUGCAAUGAUUCCCUACUAGUGGUGGGGCAAUGGAACCUGCAUGUCCCAUCGCACUGCCCUGAGAGGGUCUCUGGGUCCCUCCCUCCACACCCUGGUUCUAUCUACCUUACGGUCCUUCCCUCUUCCCUUUCUCUGUAGCCAGAAAGAACCACUCUAUCAAAAACAAGACGGGUGAUUAGAAAAUAGCCUCUGUUGUCCUAUUUGGGAAGGUGGAGCCUUCUCCCAACACACCCUCCCUGUGCGUUGUCACUGGUGGCGAACAGAGAACCUGCUUAAUAAAAACAUACAACAAAA